CGAAAAUGGAAAGUGCUGAUGGAGUUUUAGUGAAUAGCAUAUAGAAUUCGCUUCCCUCUAAUUUGAAUUACAAGCUGCCUUUAAUAUGCGUAUACAAAUCCUAACCGCUAUCAAUAAUAAUGACUAAUUAAUUACAACAUUAAUACAGAAACUAAAUACAUAAAUAAAUAGUGCAUUAAUUGCUUGACUGUUACUUUUCCUAACUGGCAGGUCGACCGGACUAGAAGGCUCCCUACGAGUCCAAGUUCAGGGCUGUAAGAUCCAGGUCUGUAACUCAAAAUCGGGAAGAUUAAUGAAAAAAAUGGUCCAGUAGAUCUGGCAGCUUAAGCGUGCCACUGCAGAAGCUGCCCCCUGCUGAAGCUCGGGUGGAACGACUCCCCCUCUCUCCAGUAGAUCCGGCCAAAGCCAAUUUUCAAAAUGUGGCGACGGGCGGUGGGUCUCCUCUCCUCUACGGGGACAUAAAUAGCUUCCAAUAAAAUCAAGAAAUUCAUCUCAUGAUCUCAAUCACGAGAAAUCAAUCUGAUGGGCGAUGACACCACCUCGAGGACUCCUGUCAAACCCAAAGCUGAGACACAUCAACCCAGCGGCCGGCGAAGAAGUACGAGCUCUUGUGCCGGUUCUGCCAUCUCUCAUACGGAGGCAUCCACUGCACUCCUGCUCGCACCACCUCUGCGUUAGUCGCCGCCGCAGAUCCAUGACCAGGAAAGAGAUGACGAUUCAAGCCAAGUAGAGUCCCUCGCCGAUAGAAACCUUAAGGCUCGGGGUUUGUAGUGUCUGUGGCCGUAGUCGCCGGGAGUAUCUCUGGCUGAAAGCAUUGUCCGGCCGCACCCUAUCUUCUGGUUCCAUCUAAAGAGACAUCUGCAGGACACGUCAAAUUAGGCAUUGUUUUCGGGCCAUGAAGAGUGCAUCUAAGCUUAACCUCUAGGCCAUCAUAAGGAGGGUCUUCAGCCGGAAAGUCCUAAGUGCUUACCAUGGCAAAAACAGUGGGCCAGCCCACCGUUGGUCCAAUCCAAUUUUUCAGCAGGCCAGAAUUCAAUGUCAAUUUUUCUGUUCGUUCAAAAGCUAAGUACUUCAAACUCUCUUCAUAAAAAUAAUACGUGAACAUAUAUGAUAAAAAAUUCACAAAUUGAAUCAUUUGAAAAGAUAUUUUAAGUGAUAUGAUUGCUUUUACUCUUGUUAAGUGUGUGUAAUUUUAACAUUGAACAACGGACUUGUAAAAUCUAAUCACUCAAGUACGUCGGACGAGCACACACACUCGUACACUGGCCGAGCACACACACUCGCGCCACCGGAUCACGUCAUAUGGGUGUGACGAUUAAUAAGCUCCAAUAUAAAUGUUAAUACCACACACUCUUGACUUCAUACGAGUUCUUGCGUGCUUUUACCUCUUUCUAGUGCAUCACACUCCGACCUCGGGGGACGAGUCACCCGUUCAAAAGUUUUUACUUACGGAUUCGAACUACUAACCUCGGGCGGCGAGUUAAACUCUUGUUAGGGGCCUGGAGCCACGCUCUUCCGAGCAAUUUUUUCACUUAAUUGACGUUCACAUUUCCCGAAAAGGUUGAUAUACUUUAGUUCUCUGAGGUUGGAUUAUCCGUUCGAGUGGUGACUCCGAGUCACUUACUCGCGGAUUCAAUCUUCCUUACGAAGACUAAGUUGAGGCCUUACCUGGGAACUUGAUGUUAUUCUUUUCGAGUAGCGAGCCCGAUUCACUUACUCAUUGAACGUGGUUCGACACCAGGCCAAAUGCUCUAUUCUAUACCUGUUGCUUUUAUGUGUGGAUACGACUGAACGAAGGCGAGCCUGAUGAGUUCGAGCCCGACGAGAAGAACAGUUCUAGUCAUCCUCUUCGCAGAUGGCGACUAUUGCAAUAAAGGCUGAGGAUUUCACCUCUUGCUUCAUCUUGGGGGCGUCUGGUGUACUCUUUUUCCCUUCAUUAGGAUUUUUUCCCAUUGGAUUUUUUCCCGAUGAAGGUUUUUAAUGAGGCAUCUCCCCGACAUGGACAAGGGCGAAGAUCUUCCAGUCUCGGAGAAGAGCAACUGACCUGGACUACUCCCUCUUAGCCGAGUCUACUACUCGACUAAGGGAGUGGAGGACUCGUGAUGGAGUAAUGGGACUAGGCCCAGAGCCUAAUCGGCCCAACUCCUGAACAUGGAUCCGUGGAUCCAAGUCCACAACCUGGAGCCUUCCUACCACUCCAGCAGGGAGCAUGCCAGUCUGGCCGACCUGCCAGCCAAGAAAUGUAACAGACAAGCAAUUAAUGCGCUGUUUAAUUAUGUAUUUAAUUCCGUAUUAAUGUUGUAAUUAAUUAGUCAUUAUUAUUGGUAGCGGUUACGAAUUGUAUACGUCUAUAAAAGGCACGUUGUAAUUCAAACUAAGGGAGCGAAUUCUAGAGGCUAUUCUUUGCAGCUAAAUCUCAUGAGCACUUUCCAUAUUCGUUCUUACUUUCUUGAUUCUUGCUUGAGUGUCUUACGUAGCUUUCCAAAAAGCCUACGAGCGACCUAUUUUGAACCAACAAUAUAUUUCUCUCACAAAAUGUAUAUUUAAUGUAUUAGGUGCUCAACUGAAUUUUGUUUACAUUGUGAUUAAUACAAGGGGCCCUAAGCAUGUGCUCGACAUCACCAAAAAAAAUAGGCUCUUAAUAGUCUACCUCUUCUCAAAAACAGAUGGAAUCUCGUACUCCUGAGUCCUGACUCGAAGAGGUUGGAAUGUGGUUUUAAAGGCAUAAAUAUUUUAAUCGUAUGUUUUAUCUAAAUUCAUAUUCAAUUCAAAUCGACACAAUACUUAAAUAAAUACGGAGUAAUAUUUUCCAAGUUAUAGAAAGUAUACAUAUUUCUUCCAAAAAAAAAGUUAUAGAAAGUAUACAUAUUUACUUACCAUACUCGAUUAUUACAACUCUAACGCAAUUUAUUUUCAAUUAUUGCAAAUUUAAUGCAGUCUUUAUUUAAAAAAUAUUACAUUAAUGUAAUUUCAAUUUUAAUGCAAUCUGAAAACUGUCAGAUUAGUUCGUUACUUUUUCUAACCAUUUUGUAUCUGAAAAUGCCAUAAUUUCUAAUAUGAAAUGGCCAUUUUUUUAAUUGAAAGUGUCAAGUUCUGCAUCUAAUAAUGUCAUAACUUUUUAUACAAAGCAAUCCAGUUAUUACAUCAUUUUUAUAAAGAUGGCAAUUCAAUCUCAUUGGAGAUUGACUAAAUUUUGUAACUCUAUUUUUGUUUUUUGUUUAUCUCAUUUACUUAUUCCAUGUGUUUCACUGUUUCCCUUCAUAAGUAUGCAUGUUCUGUUGCAAAAGGAAAUAAAUGCACGUGCAAGAAAGGAUAAAAAAAGAAACAGACUAGUGGUGAUUAAAUUCGAACUCUUGCUUCACCCAUUUCACCCGUCUUGUCCAAGGUGCAAAAACAUACUUCAUUCCUUAAACAAAUUAAAGUUUCCGUUUCGGUUUACGAUGCUAGACUAAUUAUAAAGCAAAUUGAUUCAUGUGCACACUGAGACUGCUUUUAGUAAAUAAAAUUUACAUAUUCAGAAACUAAAUUAAAAAUUUUACAAAACCUGAUGAAGAAAAUUUAAAUUUGAUAAAUUUGAUAUAUAAAGCAAAAGAUUGAAAAUGAUUUAAGUUGGCCAAGUAAAUGGUGAAUGAGAACUUCAUUUUGGGAUGGAGGUAGUAUGAUGUAAUAAUAUUAUUAUUUAUUAUGUCUGCCUCACUAAUGUUGAGACAUGAGAAGAUGAUGAGAUUAUUAACAAAUGUGUAUUUUUGUAAUUGAUAUUGAAUUAAUAAAAUAACAAUGAUUUAGAACCAUACAAAUUUUACCAACCGAUACGAAAUAAUCUUAGAGGGACCAACAAAAAAGGAAAUACGGAGAGAUCAGUACAGUAUAAACUCCCAUUAUUGGGUGGCAAUUCUCCCAUAUAUAUUGACCCUUUUCAAGCCUUUUCCCCGUCAGCUCGUGCAGCUCAAACAAAGAGGAAGAGCAAUGGUGUUGGGCAGUGCUCUUAGCUUCUUGGAAGAUAGAGCAAUUCUGGUCACCGGUGCCACCGGCUUCUUGGCAAAGAUUUUUGUGGAGAAAAUACUUAGACUUCAGCCAAAUGUGAAGACGUUGUUUCUUCUUCUAAGGGCUGAAGACACAAUGGCGGCCGUACAACGUUUCAACACUGAGGUAUUGGGAAAAGACUUGUUCAAGGUUGUAAUGGAAAAGUACGGGGAGAAGUGGGAUGGGUUGAUAUCGGACCGGGUGAAUGUUGUGGCUGGAGAUAUCACGUGCGAGAAUUUGGGCGUGAAGGACUCGAGUUUGCUAGACCGGUUAUGGAGGGAAGUCGAUGUUGUGGUUAACAUGGCUGCAACCACCGAUUUUGAUGACCGAUAUGACGUGUCCUUGAAGAUUAAUACGAUGGGCCCUAAGCAUGUGCUGGACUUUGCCAGAAAGUGCCAAAACUUGAGAGUUCUUCUUCACGUAUCAACCGCAUAUGUAUGCGGUGAAAAGCAAGGACUCAUACUAGAAAGCCCAUACAAAAUGGGGGAAACAUUGAACGGAACAUGUGGGCUUGACAUUGAUAGAGAAAAAAGGAUAAUCAAUGAAACUUUGAAAAUGCUCCGAGCUGAAAAUUCUUCUCAAGAAUCCAUCACCUUAGCCAUGAAAGACAUUGGCAUCCGAAGAGCGAAGGCAUAUGGAUGGCCAAACACUUACGUAUUUACAAAGGCAAUGGGAGAGAUGCUUUUAGGUGAAUUGAGAGACAAUGUGCCUCUUGUCAUUAUACGUCCGACCAUUAUAACAAGCACUUACAAGGAACCAUUCCCUGGUUGGGUUGAAGGUGUGAGAACUAUCGAUAGCUUAGCAGUUGCUUAUGGUAAAGGAAAAAUAACAUGCUUCCUUGGUGAUCCUAAGACCAUAGUAGAUGUGGUAUGCUUCUUGCAGUUGAUGUACUUCCUCCGUCCCUUAAAAUGCUUUCCACUUAUGUUUUUGGAACGGCAAAAAAAAUAUCCUCAUUUCUCUUUUUGGAAAGUAAUUUUGUGUGGCUAACAUUUAUUUAUCUUUUUCUUACUCAAUCACAAUUAUACAUUUUCACUUUAUUUAUACUUUCUUAAAUUCCAAUCCAAAUCGAAUCGAGAAGAAUUUUAUGGAAUGGAGUCUGGAGGGAGUAUGUUUUUAGAAAACAUUGGAUUUUGUGCAGUGUGGGACUAGGGAAUAGUAAAUGACUAAAUAUGUUGGUGAUAGGUCAUUGCCCCUGCAUCUAAUCCAACUCUGUCUACUACCUCCAUCAUAUUAACAUUGGGACAGGAGAAGAUGAUUAUUAAGAAAAAUGAGUUUGAAAAGUCACACAAGUUUUAUAAAUUUAGUAUGAGAUAUUCAUAGUGAGAUUUUAAGAAAAGAAAAACAUAGAAUAGUUUUAGUGGGACGGAAGAAGUAGUUCUUAAGUGAGAUCCAAACAUGACAUCGUAGACAUACGUCGAAAAUAAUUCUUAGCUUAAAUAGUUUUUUUUUCUCCCGAAAUGCUCUUCUAAAAAAACAUACAUGUACCAUUUUAGCUUGAGUUUUUUCAAGGCAAUGUUACACAGGUCUUUUGGAUAGAAUUUUAAGAAAAUAAAAAAGUAUUAUGGUAUCACAUUCAAUUGAAACGCCGGUACAAUUUGUUUGUUGGAAAGAUGUCCUUUGUGGCUAAUUUUAUUAUAUUUUAGCUAUUACAAACUGAAAAGUUUCAUUUGUACCCAUUUAUGUAUAUCCAAUUUAUACCUACCUCCCAUGAGAAGGCUACUUUUUGACUAUACACGAGAUUCACAUACAAAAAAAUUAGAGAAAAAAGGUAAAUAAGACCUCGAACUAUUUGCGAUUCUGUAACCAAACCCUUGAACCGGAAGACUUGCAAAUACACCUUUCAACUCGUUGAAAAUUAAGCAAUCAGAUCCCUUUUUACCUGCUAGUGCAUGUAAAGAGAUGAGAAAUUACGGGCACCAGAAAGUAAAAAGGUUCUGAUUGCUUGAUUUCAUUGAGUUGAGGGGUGUAUCCGCAAGUCUUCCGAUUCAUGGCCUGAUUGCAAAAACGCAAAUAGUUGGAGGGCUUAUUUGCCCCUUUUCUCAAAAAAAAAAAUAUCUUCUCACCAGAAUGGGUAUAAAGAAAUGGGUAAAGUAUCAAAAUGGUUACAAACUAGUGUUGGGGGACACGGCUUUGCUUAGCCUCUAAGUGCGUGGAAUUUGAUCAAUUCUAGUCCUAAUUUAUUUAUAUUUUGGAUUGGAUUGUGUCCCUCGAAUUGUGUCCCACAAAUUGGCAUGCCACUAAUUUUAUGACAAUAUUGUAAGUUUGAACUUUUAUUACUCCCUCUAUUCUCUAUAAUUGCUCCAUUUUUGGAUGUCCCUCUAUUUUUGUCCCAUAGCAUAUUUGGUAACUUCCAAAAAGAAUUAAGAAAUAAAUUAAACAAAUUACAUGAUUACAAAAUGACAGAUACCGGCUGAUAUGGUGGUAAACGCCAUGAUAGUAGCCAUGGUGGCACAUGCAAAUCAACAAGGAACUGAAAGCAUAUACCAUAUAGGGUCAUCAGUUUCGAACCCAAUGAGGUACAAAGUGUUGCAAGACUUGGGAUACCGCUUCUUCACCAAACAUCCAUGCAUAGGUAAGGAUGGAAAACCCAUUCUUGUUGGAAAGGUGACUGUGCUAGGCAGCAUGGAUAGCUUCCGCAGAUAUAUGGCCAUUCACUACUUCAUCCCUUUAAAGGGUUUGGAGAUAGUAAAUAUUGCAUGUUGUCAGUACUUCCAUAGUAUAUACAAUGAGAUGCACAGAAAAAUCAAGACUGUGAUGAGGCUAGUAAAUCUAUACCAGCCAUACUUAUUCUUCAAGGGAGUAUACGAUGAUAUUAACACUGAAAAAUUGCGAGGAGCGGCCAUAGAAGGGGGCAUUGAAACAGAUGUGUUUUACUUUGACCCUAAAGUAGUCAACUGGGAUGAUUAUUUCAUCAAGACUCACAUUCCUGGAUUAAUGAAAUAUGUCUUCAAUCGUAAAUAGAAGUGUUUGUAUAAUUCUUAUCAUCACAUCUGUAAAAUACGGAGUAAUAAUUUCUCAUUAUAUUAUAAUGAACUGAUGUAGCCUGAAAGGCAAACUGUCGAUUUUUUUUUGUAUCUAUAACUUAUGUCUGUUAACUUUCCUAGCUCUAUGAUUUAUUUGGUUGAAUUAGUGUAGUAAGA